AUGUACCUCAAUAAAUCCCUGCGUAUCAAAAAUGUCAGUAAGGAUGACACAGGAGACUACGGAGCAGCGCUUAUAUAUGACAACAAUGAUACUACUUUUCUACCCAUCAAGUUUCAUGUGUACUCACCAGUGACUACACCCUCCAUCCAACUCAAGCAAACCAUAGAUAAAGACAUGGUCUCUGUGUUUCUGAAGUGCCUGUCAAUCGACAUUAAUAUCUACAUUGGUUGGUUCUUCAAUGGCAAGAGGGUGAGGAUCAUGAAUAGGAUGAAUCUGACUCAGAACAACAGCACCCUCAAAAUAGUCCCUGCCAGGAGGCAGGAUUCUGGGGACUAUCAGUGUGAAGUAUCCAAUAAAGUCAGUUCCAAGAGGAGUGACCCCAUCCAGCUGGACAUAAUAGCACUGCUACCCAAGCUCAACCUCACAACCAACAAUUCCAAUCCCAUGAAGGGUGAGGACUCAGUAGCAUUAAUGUGUGAGCCUGAGACUCAGAAUACAGCCUACCUGUGGAGGAUAAAUGACCACAGACUCUCAAAAGAGGACAGGCUGAAGCUGUCUGAGGACAACAGGACUCUCACAUUACUCAGUGUUGUGAGGACUGACACAGGACCCUAUGAAUGUGCCUGGAACCCAGUGAAUGCCUCCCCAAGUGACCCAUUCUCUCUGAACAUCACCUUUGGUCCUGAUGUCCAGAUCAUAUCCCCCUCAAAUAUUCAUUCCCAUUCAAGGAGAAACCUCAACAUCUCCUGCCACACAGAUGCUAACCCACCUCAACAGUACUCUUGGUUUGUCAAGGGAGAGCUCCAGUCCUCCUCCCAAGAGCUCUUUAUCCCCAAUAUUAAUACUAAUAAUAGCAGAUCCUAUUCCUGUCUCAUCUAUAAUAUUUUUCCUGGAGUCUAUAGGACCACAGUCAAGAACAUUACAGUUCUUAAUCUAGUGACUACACCCUCCAUCCAAGUCACCAAAAACACAGUGAAAGUCCUGACCUCUGUGUUCCUGAAGUGCUUGUCAAAUGACACUGGGAUCUCAAUCCAUUGGCUCUUCAAAGGCCAGAGUGUGGUGCUCACAGAGAGGAUGAAGCUGUCUCAGAACAACAGCACCCUCCAAAUAGACUCUGUGAGGAUUGAGGAUUCCGGGGAUUAUCAGUGUGAAGUAUCCAAUCAAGUCAGUUCCAAGAGGAGCGACCCCAUCCAGCUGGACAUUUUACAUGGUCCAGAAGUCCAGAUCAUAUCCCCCUCAAAUAUUCAUUUCCAUUCAAGGACAAACCACAUCUCCUGCCACAUAGAUGCUAACCCACCUCAACAGUACUCUUGGUUUGUCAAUAGAGAGUUCCAGUCAUCCUCCCAAGAGCUCUUUAUCCUCAAUAUCAAUACUAAUAAUAUCGGAUCCUAUUCCUGCCUCAUCUAUAACAUUUUUCCUGGAGUCUAUAGGACCACAGUCAAGAACAUUACAGUCCUUAAUCCACUGACUCUACCCUUCAUCCAAGUCACCAACAACACAUUCAAAGAUAUGACCUCUGUCUUCCUGAACUGCUUGUCAAACAACACUGGGAUCUCUGUCAAUUGGCUCUUCAAAGGCCAGAGUGUGGAGCUCACAGACAGGAUGAAGCUGUCCCACAACAACAGCACCCUCCAAAUAGACUCUGUGAGGAUUGAGGAUUCUGGGGACUAUCAGUGUGAAGUAUCCAAUCAAGUCAGUUCCAAGAGGAGUGACCCCAUCCAGCUGGACAUAAUACGUACCAAACAUGCAUCUUCUGUAGUGACAUAUAAGCAGUCAAAAGGCCCACAUGAUGCAUCUGGCAUCAUAACAAAGAUACCAUUAGAAAUCGAGUUUCAAGAUGCUUUCAUCCUGUCUCUUAAAAGUCUGAUGACUGUCAGCUCUGAUCUUUGA